AUGGGCACACUACAUGUGCUGCAGCAGCUGUUGGGCGAGAAUCUUGGGGUGGUGCUGCUGGAAGAAGCAAAGAUGCGCAUCGCGUCCAGAAAGACCCCAGAAAGCCUGAGAAUUGCAGCUCGCAGAGCGCAGUUCGUGGACAAGCCUGUCCCCUCAGUCGACAUCCAAGUGGAAGAGCGGCAGGUGCAGGCCAAGCCGACUGUCUUGAUGGAGGAAGAGAUCUUAGAGAUCCCGCAGCAGCAAGUGGUGGAGGUUACACGCCAGGAGCUGCAGCCAGACCUCGAAGAGGUGGUCAAAAAGGCAGCCCGCCGUGGCCACAAGGCUCGCAAGGUGUGCGCUGGCAAGAUGCUUCUAUCCCUGGCGAAGGGCAAAGACUGGCAGCCGGAGAGUGCGCCGAAAGGAAAGUCCUGGGCCUGGGAUGCAACAGAUUGGCGUUACGAAGCAGGCAGCUCCUGGAACGAUUGGCAAGGAUGCCCUGGCCGGACUACGCAAAGCAGCAGCUGCUCAUGUGGUGGCGGUACCACGUGGAAGGAGGCCGCGACUUGGAAGGCAGAUGGCUGGAAAGCCCAUUGGAACAGUGAAAGCCAGGGCAAUUGGGAUGACCACUGGCAAGCAGCAGAGUCCAGAUGGAGCUGGUGGACGGAGGGCGAGCACGAGGAGUGGUGGAGCUCGGCUCCUUGCAGCUACAACGGACGGUUCGCCACAUCGUGGGCCUCGUGGGAUGAUCGCAGGGAACAUAGCUACCGCAAUUGGGAUGACCACUGGCAAGCAGCAGAGUCCAGCUAUGCAAGUCCGUCCAGAACCCGCAUCCUCGAAAGCGAGAGGAUCGCCUCUGGUCAACCGGUGACACCAGGCGAGUACCUUCUCUCGCUCUUGAAGGAGUCUUCUGCUCGCCGGUGA